CCUCCUCCUCUCUCUCUGUCUCUCUCUCUCUCUCUCCCUCUCUCCCUCUCUCUCUCUCUCCCUAGAGCAUUUGAGACCCAGAUGACCCGUCUGGAGGCGGAGUUUGUUCAGAGAGAGGCUCCGCCCUCCUAUGGUCAGCUGAUCGCCCAGGGCCUCAUCCCUCCGGUGGAGGACUUCCCUGUGUACAACCCCACUCAGGCCUCCAUGCUCCAGAACAUCCGUACAGCGAUGCGUAGGCAGAUCAGAAGACACUCCUCCCGCCGGGCCACGUCACACCGCCGCCUGGGGCGCCUCUGGAACCGUCUGUUCCACCGAGGGACCCGUCUCCGCGGCCAGAUCCCCCUCCUCACACCCCCCGGGUCUCAGGUGGCUCUGGGCCUGCACUCCUACCACACCUCGGAGGGACCUGGAGCCAGGGCUGGGGAUGGAGGUGGCGGGGCGGGCAUGGUGGGAGGCAUGGCGGGCAUGGGACCAGCAAGGACCCCCUCCUGCUGCUCUACAACAGCAGUAGGCUUCACCCUGCAUGCCCACACCCAGGCCCUGUCACAGUCCCAGUCCUCCCACCCCUCCUUGGAGUCUCCCCACUCCCCACCCUCCCCCUCUGACAGUGAACCAUCCGAGGGGUCUCCUUGUUCCCCAGAGAGCCCGGGUAGCAGGGUUAGGUUGCCCCUCAGCGAGCUCUCCACCCCUGGGCAGCAGAGUGACUCAUUAACGUCUGCCCCCAGCAUACUGAGCCAGCAGUGCCCCCUAGAGGGCAGCACAUGUCAUUACACUCGCCGGGCCUCCAGGAAGCUGGUCUUGGGGCUGGCUGCCAACCUGAGAGGGGUGGCUCUACGACGCUACUCCCCCAUGGGGCUCACCUCCCCCGUUACCCCCCCUGUCCUUCCCCCUCCAGACUCCCAGCCGCCCUGCCACCACCCCCUGACCUCCCCCCAGACGUCAUCCCCCUCGGGGUCUUCAGACGACAGUCAGAGGUUCCAUGCCCUGGAAGUGCCAACCCGGGAGAGGAGGAGGAGGAGAGGUAUAGGGGUGCCUAAUGGACUGAACACCAGCAGCAGUGAGGAAGAGGAGGAGGAGGAGGAUGGAGAUGAGACUCUACUGAUCUGCUAGUAUGAAGGAGCUGCCUUGACCAUGUGGCAAUAGACAGACAGACAGACAGACAGACAGACAGACAGACAGACAGACAGACAGACAGACAGACAGACAGACAGACAGACAGACAGACAGACAGAGAGCUGGAGACUCUGUCUCCCUGGUGGCUGAAACAUAGAGCUGGAGACUCUGUCUCUGGCUGAAACACAGAGAGCUGUAGACUCUGUCUCUCUGGCUGAAACACAGAGAGCUGUAGACUCUGUCUCUGGCUGAAACACAGAGAGCUGUAGACUGUCUCUCUGGCUGAAACACAGAGAGCUGCAGACUCUGUCUCUCUGGCUGAAACACAGAGAGCUGUAGACUCUGUCUCUCUGGCUGAAACACAGAGAGCUGUAGACUCUGUCUCUGGCUGAAACACAGAGAGCUGUAGACUGUCUCUCUGGCUGAAACACAGAGAGCUGCAGACUCUGUCUCUCUGGCUGAAACGCAGAGAGCUGUAGACUCUGUCUCUGGCUGAAACACAGAGAGCUGCAGACUGUCUCUCUGGCUGAAACACAGAGAGCUGUAGACUCUGUCUCUGGCUGAAACACAGAGAGCUGUAGACUCUGUCUCUCUGGCUGAAACACAGAGAGCUGGAGAAUAACUGAAUAAUGGGACAGUGGAUGAUCUCAGAGCAGCACAAUGAUUUCAGUCAUCCCUCCACCCCCUCUAUCUGCUCAUCCCUCCACCCCCUCUAUCUGCUCAUCCCUCCACCCCCUCUAUCUGCUCAUCCCUCCAUCCCCUCUAUCUGCUCAUCCCUCCAUCCCCCCUAUCUGCUCAUCCCUCCAUCCCCUCUAUCUGCUCAUCCCUCCACCCCCUCUAUCUGCUCAUCCCUCCAUCCCCUCUAUCUGCUCAUCCCUCCACCCCCUCUAUCUGCUCAUCCCUCCACCCCCUCUAUCUGCUCAUCCCUCCACCCCCUCUAUCUGCUCAUCCCUCCAUCCCUGCCUUACCAGAGAUCUACAGCUGAGGGUUGUACAUCAGCCUGUCUACUGACUCAGUCACUCUGACUCAGUCACACAUACUCAGUCAUACUAACUCAGUCACACUAACUCAGUCACAGAGACUCAAUCACUCUGACUCAGUCACUCUGACUCAGUCACUCUGACUCAGUCACACAUACUCAGUCACACUAACUCAGUCACAUAGACUCAAUCACUCUGACUCAGUCACUCUGACUCAGUCACACAUACUCAGUCACACUGACUCAAUCACACUAACUCAGUCACAGAGACUCAGUCACACUGACUCAAUCACACUAACUCAAUCACUCUGACUCAGUCACACAUACUCAGUCACAGAGACUCAAUCACACUGACUCAGUCACACUGACUCAAUCACACUGACUCAAUCACACUAACUCAGUCACUCUGACUCAGUCACACUAACUCAGUCACAGAGACUCAAUCACACGGACUCAAUCACACUGACUCAAUCACACUGACUCAGUAACACAGACUCAAUCACACUAACUCAGUCACAGAGACUCAGUCACUCUGACUCAGUCACACUAACUCAGUCAUACUAACUCAGUGACACUAACUCAGUCAUACUAACUCAGUCACACUAACUCAGUCACACUAACUCAAUCACACAGACUCAAUCACACAGACUCAGUCACAGAGACUCAGUCACUCUGACUCAGUCACACUAACUCAGUCAUACUAACUCAGUCACAGAGACUCAAUCACACUAACUCAGUCACUCUGACUCAGUCACACUGACUCAAUCACACUAACUCAAUCACACAGACUCAGUCACUCUGACUCAGUCACACUGACUCAGUCAUACUAACUCAGUGACACUAACUCAGUCAUACUAACUCAGUCAUACUAACUCAGUCACACUAACUCAGUCAUACUAACUCAGUCACAGAGACUCAAUCACACUAACUCAGUCACUCUGACUCAGUAACACAGACUCAAUCACACUAACUCAGUCACAGAGACUCAGUCACUCUGACUCAGUCACACUAACUCAGUCAUACUAACUCAGUGACACUAACUCAGUCAUACUAACUCAGUCACACUAACUCAGUCACACUAACUCAAUCACACAGACUCAAUCACACUAACUCAGUCACAGAGACUCAGUCACUCUGACUCAGUCACACUAACUCAGUCAUACUAACUCAGUCACACUAACUCAGUCAUACUAACUCAGUCACAGAGACUCAAUCACACUAACUCAGUCACUCUGACUCAGUCACACUGACUCAAUCACACUAACUCAAUCACUCUGACUCAGUCACACUGACUCAGUCACACUAACUCAGUCAUACUAACUCAGUCACAGAGACUCAAUCACACUAACUCAGUCACUCUGACUCAGUCACACUAACUCAGUCACUCUGACUCAGUCACACUAACUCAGUCAUACUAACUCAGUCACACUGACUCAGUCACUCUGACUCAGUCACACUGACUCAGUCACUCUGACUCAGUCACACUAACUCAGUCACUCUGACUCAGUCAUACUAACUCAGUCACACUAACUCAGUCACACUAACUCAGUCAUACUAACUCAGUGACACUAACUCAGUCACUCUGACUCAUAUCACCAUCGUCUGUUUUUGUAAACGUUGUCAGUGAGGUAAAAAACAAAACAGUGAAUGACAUCACCAGCUGGAUCACUUGAAGUGAUGAACAAGAUGUAACACAAGAAGAAGAUGUUUUGAGGAAGUUGUGAAAUUGAAUGUUAUUAUGAAUGUGAUAUCUGACUGUUAUCAUAGAUGUUUAAGCAGUGGCCUAUCUUGGUACCCUCUCUAGACGAUGGUUGGACCACAGGCAGUGGAAGGGGUGUCUACUAGGUCACAGUGGCCUAUCUUGGUACCCUCUCUAGACGAUGGUUGGACCACAGGCAGUGGAAGGGGUGUCUACUCGGUCACAGUGGCCUAUCUUGGUACCCUCUCUAGACGAUGGUUGGACCACAGGCAGUGGAAGGGGUGUCUACUAGGUCACAGUGGCCUAUCUUGGUACCCUCUCUAGACGAUGGUUGGACCACAGGCAGUGGAAGGGGUGUCUACUAGGUCACAGUGGCCUAUCUUGGUACCCUCUCUAGACGAUGGUUGGACCACAGGCAGUGGAAGGGGUGUCUACUAGGUCACAGUGGCCUAUCUUGGUACCCUCUCUAGACGAUGGUUGGACCACAAAUGGGUAGGCUAUAGGGCGUGGUUAGAGAACAGAGCUCUAUGGGGUAGGCUAUAGGGCAUGGUUAGAGAACAGAGCUCUAUGGGGUAGGUUAUAGGUAAUGGUUAGAGAACAGAGCUCUAUGUGGUAGGCUAUAGGGCAUGGUUAGAGAAUAGAGCUCUAUGGGGUAGGCUAUAGGGCAUGGUUAGAGAACAGAGCUCUAUGGGGUAGGCUAUAGGGCAUGGUUAGAGAACAGAGCUCUAUGGGGUAGGCUAUAUGGCAUGGUUAGAGAACAGAGCUCUAUGGGGUAGGCUAUAGGGCAUGGUUAGAGAACAGAGCUCUAUGGGGUAGGCUAUAGGGCAUGGUUAGAGAACAGAGCUCUAUGGGGUAGGCUAUAGGGCAUGGUUAGAGAACAGAGAUCCAUGGGGUAGGCUAUAGGGCAUGGUUAGAGAACAGAGCUCUAUGGGGUAGGCUAUAGGGCAUGGUUAGAGAACAGAGCUCUAUGGGGUAGGCUAUAGGGCAUGGUUAGAGAACAGAGCUCUAUGGGGUAGGCUAUAGGGCAUGGUUAGAGAACAGAGCUCUAUGGGGUAGGCUAUAGGGCAUGGUUAGAGAACAGAGCUCUAUGGGGUAGGCUAUAGAGGGUGGAUAGAGAACAGAGCUCUAUGGGGUAGACUAUAGGGCAUGGUUAGAGAACAGAGCUCUAUGGAGUAGGCUAUAAGGCAUGGUUAGAGAACAGAGCUCUAUGGGGUAGGCUAUAGGGCAUGGUUAGAGAACAGAGCUCUAUGGGGUAGGCUAUAGGGCGUGGUUAGAGAACAGAGCUCUAUGGGGUAGGCUAUAGGGCAUGGUUAGAGAACAGAGCUCUAUGGGGUAGGCUAUAGGGCAUGGUUAGAGAACAGAGCUCUAUGGGGUAGGCUAUAGGGCAUGGUUAGAGAACAGAGAUCUAUGGGGUAGGCUAUAGGGCAUGGUUAGAGAACAGAGCUCUAUGGGGUAGGCUAUAGGGCGUGGUUAGAGAACAGAGCUCUAUGGGGUAGGUUAUAGGGCAUGGUUAGAGAACAGAGCUCUAUGGGGUAGGUUAUAGGUAAUGGUUAGAGAACAGAGCUCUAUGGGGUAGGCUAUAGGGCAUGGUUAGAGAACAGAGCUCUAUGGGGUAGGCUAUAGGGCGUGGUUAGAGAACAGAGCUCUAUGGGGUAGGCUAUAGGGCGUGGUUAGAGAACAGAGCUCUAUGGUGUAGGCUAUGCUGUCAUGCAUCACUAACACAGGGGCCAUUCGGGACACAUUCUGAACGGAGCCUCACUAACCAUUCGGGACACAUUCCAGGACAACAGUUGGUAAUGAUGGAGAGACAGACAGCAGGAAGUCCUCUGGUGUUUAAUAAAGGUCAUGUUGGUACAGCAGGAAGUCCUCUGGUGUUUAAUAAAGGUCAUGUUGGUUCAGCAGGAAGUCCUCUGGUGUUUAAUAAAGGUCAUGUUGGUUCAGCAGGAAGUCCUCUGGUGUUUAAUAAAGGUCAUGUUGGUUCAGCAGGAAGUCCUCUGGUGUUUAAUAAAGGUCAUGUUGGUUCAGCAGGAAGUCCUCUGGUGUUUAAUAAAGGUCAUGUUGGUUCAGCAGGAAGUCCUCUGGUGUUUAAUAAAGGUCAUGUUGGUUCAGCAGGAAGUCCUCUGGUGUUUAAUAAAGGUCAUGUUGGUUCAGCAGGAAGUCCUCUGGUGUUUAAUAAAGGUCAUGUUGGUUCAGCAGGAAGUCCUCUGGUGUUUAUUAAAGGUCAUGUUGGUUCAGCAGGAAGUCCUCUGGUGUUUAAUAAAGGUCAUGUUGGUUCAGCAGGAAGUCCUCUGGUGUUUAAUAAAGGUCAUGUUGGUUCAGCAGGAAGUCCUCUGGUGUUUACUAAAGGUCAUGUUGGUACAGCAGGAAGUCCUCUAAUAAAGGUCAUGUUGGUUCAGCAGGAAGUCCUCUGGUGUUUAAUAAAGGUCAUGUUGGUACAGCAGGAAGUCCUCUGGUGUUUAAUAAAGGUCAUGUUGGUUCAGCAGGAAGUCCUCUGGUGUUUAAUAAAGGUCAUGUUGGUUCAGCAGGAAGUCCUCUGGUGUUUAAUAAAGGUCAUGUUGGUACA